AUGAAAUCAACUACCCAUUCAUGGGCAAUCGUUUCCACCCCAUUUAUUUGCUUAACCCGUAGAAGUUUCUCGAGCUCCACAGCUCUACAAACUGUCGUCAGCAAGCUACCUGCGCGCAAUCCGAUUUACAAUUUCCUUCCCGAAACUCAGAAUCCUAACAACCUUGUUUCUCUCGUGUGCUCCUCGCUCAAGCACAACGAUCAUUCCGUUUGGGACCAUCUCCGGGAGCAGGGGCUGUUCAGUCAUUUCACCGUCCAUGAGUUCUCGAGGGUUCUGCUGCGAUGCCAGUCUGAUUCGUCCGCGGCCCUCACUUUCUUCAAUUGGGUAAGGUACCAAAUGGGUUUUGAACCUGGUGUCCUGAAUCGCUGCACUAUGGUUCACAUUUUAGUGUGGUCUAAAGAUUUUAAGCAAGCUAUGAAGAUGCUGCUGCAAUUAGUUCGUUUGAAUGAAAAUAGAAAUGGGAGUGUUGAAAGAAAAUUGAAUUUGUUCCAGAGCUUGCUCUCAUGUACCGAUGACUGUAACUGGGACCCCGUUGUGUUUGACAUGCUCAUCAAGGCUUAUCUCAGGGUGGGCAUGGUUGGAGAGGGUUUUCGAGCAUUUAAGAAAAUGAUUAGGCUGGGGUUCAUUCCAAGCAUUGUUACUGUUAACUAUCUUCUGAACGGGCUGUCGAAGAUGAGUUAUGCAGGAAAAUGUUGGGAAAUUUAUGAAGAGAUGAGGAAUAUUGAGUUACAACCCAACACGUGUACGUUUAACAUAUUGACUUACGUCUUGUGCAAGGAGGGUAAUGUGGAUAAUGUGAACAAAUUCUUGGAGCGUAUGGAGGAAGAAGGAUUCGACCCGGAUAUUGUAACAUAUAAUAUGCUCAUUGAUAGGUAUUGCAAGAAUGGGAGGUUGAAGGAUGCGACGUAUUUGUAUAAUAUCAUGUGUGCAAGAGGUUUCAUACCUGAUUUGAUCACCUAUACGGCCUUGAUGAAUGGGUUAUGUAAGGGAGGUUGCGUGAGAGAGGCUCAUCGAUUGUUCCAUCUGAUGGUUCGUAAAGGGUUAGUGCCCGAUGCUGUUUCGUACAAUACACUAAUCUAUGGAUAUUCCAAAGAAGGGAUGAUGCAAGAGGCAAGAUACGUAUUAUUUGACAUGAUUGGGAACAGAGUAUGUCCUGAUAAUUUUACUUGUCAGAUGUUGAUAAAAGGAUAUCAAAAUAUGGAUAGAAUGAUAUCUGCACUGAAUCUUGUGGUGGAGCUCACGAGGUUUGGUGUUAUGAUUUCCCGAGACACACAUAUUUUCUUGACGGUUGCUUUAUGUAAGGACAAUAGGCCAUUUGCGGCAAAAUCUCUCAUGGAGCAGAUGUCGAGAAAUGGUUACGAACCGAGUGAGGAGCUGUACAAUGAGUUGAUUGAUUCUCUUUGUAGAAGCAAAUUUGUGAAGGACGCAUUAGAGCUGAAAGUGGAGAUGGUGACAAAGGGUUUGAAGCCUAGUUUGAGUGCAUAUAGAGCUAUUAUUGGAGGUUUGUGUGAAUUAAGCAAAAGCGUAGAGGCUUUGUCCUUGAUGCAAGAGAUGGUUGAAUCUGGUUUGCCAUUAGAUGUUUGUAUCUGCAGAGCUUUAGUGAAUGGGCUGUGUAAAGAGAGAAAUCUUUUAGAAGCAGAAUCACUUCUAAGCUUUUGGGCCAUAAAGUUCCAGAUUUUUGAUGGAGAAUGCUACAAUGCACUUAUUAGGAUACUCUCUGAGGAAGGUAACCCGUCACAAUUAAUGGAAUUCCAAGAUAGGAUGGCAAAAUCAGGAUUUGUUCCAAAUAGUCUUACGUGCAAGUAUGUAAUAAAUGGAAUGUGGAAAGCAAUGGGAGCACAGAGUCAGGAGCUUCUGGUGGAAUAA